UAUUAUUGUUAUGUGACUCAAAAUUUAAAUCUGCCUCGUAUAUUUUUAUUUGAUUUAUUUUGUCUCUCUAAUAUAAAAAUGACUACCACCACGACACUCGCCACUACAACCGUGGAUGAUGGAACUGAAGGUUUUAAUCAUGACGAAAUUACGGAAGGUCUAUCAGGAUUUACUGCAAUGUAUCCACAAUUGGCGAUUUUAGAUGUGGGCAAUGUCGUCGUUCAAAGACAGUACAGCACCUUUGACGGGGUAAAACUUAUUUCUGGUUGUUGUUCAGGCUUUGAGCCCCUAUUCAGUGGAUAUGUAGGGAAAGGGAUGCUUAUGGCUGCUGUCCAUGGGGAUGUUUUGACCGCACCUUCAGUAUCAUUGAUCUUAAGAACAAUUCGAGAACUGAACGUGAAUCACGUGCAUGGUAUUUUGGUGAUUAUUCAGGGAAACAUUAAAGAACAACUCAACUUCAAUUUGGCAGUUGUAAAAGCGAAAGCAGAAAAAAUUAGAAUUAAACUAUUGUUAGUAUCAGACAUUUGUAUGGAGAAAAGUUUACGUAAUCCUAAAACAUCUUCACUGCCUGGUGUUUUAUUAGUACAGAAAAUUGCUGGUGCAAUGGCUGAAAACAAAGAAUUGUUAAAUUUUAUACACUACUAUUGUAAGAAGGUUGCAUAUAAUAUGAGCACAGUUGCUGUAUCUUUAAAGGAUUUCACCAAACAAACCAAGGAAGAGUGUAUUUGCAAGAAAGAAUGGCCUCAAGAUACUGUUGAAUUUACUGGAGGAUCAGAGGAUGGUGAAAAAAGAACAGUUACACUAGAUUUUAUCCCACAUGAAAUGUUGAACAUGAUAAUAAAAGAAAGUAAAAUAAAAUUGAAUCCUGAAGAUGAAGUGGUUGUUCUUUUGGGUAAUAUGGGAGAAAUCACAAAAAAAGAAGAAUGGACAAUGGUUAAACAAAUAAUUGAAGAUUUAAAAUCAAUUCAAGUUAAAGUUAUUAAAUGUUUCUCAGGCAGUUAUAUAAAUGCCAAACACUUUGCUGGUCUUUCUUUAACUGUUUUGAAAGUAUUUGACAAGAAAAUUUUAGAGUAUCUGAACGCACCGACUAAUGCGCCAGCUUGGGUGCAUAUGCAAGACCAACAAGGGAUUGAACUGACUUUCAAUAAUUACAUUCCGAGUCAACUAAAGAAAAAACCUAGAAUAGAAAAGGUUUUCUUAGGUCCGAAUUUUACGGAUAAACAAAUUUCCCUUGUGAAAAUGUGCAUAUCUUUCGCUUGCGAAGCGCUGAUCUCCUGUGAGGAACAAAUGAACAUUAUCGACACGCAAAUCAUUGAUGGUACAAUCGGAACAAGAAUGGCCAAAGCGGCAAAACUAAUUUUGCAGAGGCUCAACACUGAAAGUUUACCAUUAAGAAAUCCGUUCGCACUGUUCGAAGAUCUUGCAAAUAUAUCCGAAAGUACAAUUGGCGGAACAGUCGCAACUUUAUACUCCAUACUUUUUCAUAAUCUUGCUAUAGCUUUCAGUAAAGUACCUGACACGGAGUCUAUAGAAGGUACAAUUUGGUUAAAAGUCAUCGAACGGGCUAUAAAACGUUUCAAAUCACCUUGUGUGGAAAGGGGUCAGGGCACAAUGCUGGACCCUUUGCUAGACUGUGCUAUUCACACUCGGCAAGAGUUCGAAAAUACGGGCGAAAUUAUGGAAGCCUUCGGUAGCGGAAUUUUUUGGGCCGAGGAGGCAAUUCGCAGAUCAGCCAAAGGAAAAUAUCCCGAUCCUGGUGCACACGCUGUUGGAAUUUGGAUGCGGGCGGUGUAUGAAGCCAUUAAAUUACAAAUGAUAUAAUUUUUUUUGCUUAUGUUAUUCUAAAUUAAAAGUACUUCUACAUA